AUGGAACACGUCUUGCGGCUGGGUACCAGGCAGGGUUUCAACUCAUCCGCCGAGGUAAUAGAGCAGGCCAAGCAAAUCGUUUGGAAUAUGUUCCCAGAAGUCAAGGAGCAGAUGGUUCGUCAGGAAAAAGAAAUCACGGCUCUCAUAGCUGCCAAGUUGGAGGACAGCAAGCUGCUGGACGGCUUUGACAAACAGGUCGAGGAUCUCAGACAAGGACUGCGCGAGAAGGUAUUCAGGGAAAUUCUUGAAUCGCGACACGCUCUUGCUGCCGCUAAGGGCAAGGCCGAUCAGUGCUCGAACCGCAUUGCCCAACUCGACAAUACUGCGACCGAGGCCGAGCAGAUGCACUCAGCAACCGUGACGGAGCUCAAGCAAGAACUUGACGCCGGCAAGAGACAGACAGCAUUCCCGCCAAAUCGUCGAGCUCAAUCAGCGAUUGGAAGGCGUGGAAAAGAAAGCUGGAGGGAACGACGGCCUCGCACGGGAGCUCGGCGAUGCUCGACUACGCUUCAAGGAGAUCAAAACCGCGAUCAGCAAGCGCGAGAGGCAGUGGGAGGCAGUGGGAGGCCGUCUGCUGCAGAAGUGGCGACAAAGACAGCAGGUCACAGUUUGCGCAAGGAAUCAAUUUCUCGAGUGGGAGCCGAGCUCUACACUUGA